CAAAUGAUUGACAUAUUCUUGAAGUGUAUAAAGCGACAUGGAAAUACUUCGGAAAUAUAAACAAAAUGGAUAUUUUACACCUGAAUUGUUUCAUUUACUUGAGAAGAAAAAAGUUGUGGAAGCAUCCGAAGAAAUUAAACCAUCGGUGUAUGAAAGAGAAAUGAGGAUGAGCACAACUGAACGAUUACAAACUUUAAACAGCUUCUUGAUAGAUAAUAUAAUCAUUACUGAAAAAGAUAGGAAAAUACGACAGCAUGUGAUACUGUCGUUUACACCAAGAAUUAUAAUAUUCCAAAACUAUAAACCUAACGAAAAAGUCGUUGCGAAAUUCUUAGUCAAAAAUAUUAGCACUACUCCGACUUAUAUGAAAAUGGUGUUUAAAGAAUCAUCUUAUUUCUCUAUAAAACUGAACAAGGAUCAGCCUGUAUCAAGACUAGCUCCCGGCAUGAACAUUGCGUAUAUCGUCACUUUUGUACCCACACAAAUGGAGGACUACGUUCAUAGAGUCGUAUUUUAUACUGACAGAGAUCAGUAUGUUUUACCCUUGAUAGCUGUGGGUCCUAAACCGAUCCUCAAUUUACCGGACGAACUGGUUAUUCCUAAAGCCCCUUUGAAGGUGGAGAGUAGUUAUUUACUAACAGUUUGUAACAUUGGUGCGGUACCAGCCGGAUUUACAUUGGACGCUAAAUGUCCAUUUUCUGUAGAACCGAAAUCAGCAUAUCUUGACUGUAAUGAGAAAAUUGAAAUAAAAGUUACUUUUAAAACGAUGCAUUUAGGAAUUGUAGAAGGCACAUUGCGUGUGAUGUUUGAAACAGGAGAAAUAUUUAAGAUAGCAGUAUCCGGUACAGCGCAUACUGUGAACGUAGUAUUAGAAAAACAAAUUGUCAGAUUUCCAGAUACCUACAACGGUAUGGUGCGACAACAAACGUUUAAAAUUACCAACAAAUCUGAUUACGUCCUUACUUACGUUUGCAUGAAGAAUGAAUCGGUUUUCUAUGAUUUCAAAGACAAAAUCAAACUUGCGACCGUGUUCUACAAUAUGAAGGAGAGUGAGGCCGCUAAAUGUGCGAAGUUAGUCCGCUACGAUGUGCUGACCAGCGCCGAGCACGAGAGAGUUUACACCAGGAUAUUCUAUGAUGAGAUACAAGCUCUUGUCGCAGAUGAAACUUUAUUAUUUCAGAAUACUCAUUUCUCAAUGUCACCUAUCAAAGGUCAGCUGUGGCCAAAUAAAACGACAGAAAUAGUUAUAACGUUCGCGCCCAAACAAAUAGGAGAUCUGGACGCGUUAGUUUAUCUAGAUAUAGAUGGAGUUAGUGAUAGAGUUAUGUUGAAAUUAACCGGCACAGCAUUGCCGCCCAACAUACAUCUGAAUCUCGAAACUCUCGAUAUGAGUUCAGUUUAUAUCAAUAUACUUUAUAAUUAUGAAAUAAUUGCAAUUAAUAAAGGUCAUAUAAAUGGUGUUAUUGCAUACAAAGAUGUAGUAACACUUUUCGGAAGCAAAAUAACGUGUACUCCGGAGUACAGGUGUUUGAGACCCGGUGAAAAGGACAUUUUUGUUGUUUCCUUCUUUAAUUCUAACCCUGGUCCAUUCUUCGAAGAGAUUAAUUUUGUCAUACGCGACACGGACGUUAAACUAAAAGUCUAUUUAAAAGGUACCGUUAUCUAUCCGUCAAUAAAAUUCAGUGUGCCUUCGUUGGACUUUGGUGACGUGAGUUUAGGUGUUCCUAAAACACUAUUACUGGACAUAAUAAAUGAAUCCAAUGUACUGGUUUCGGGUACUGUUUCCAUACCAUCAGACGGCUUGGAAAUCAGGAGCAUCACGUUGACAGAUUACGCUGUAAAUGACAUCUCUAAACCGGAGUUGCCAACAAUGCCGCAAGAAUUUAAAAUCGAACCCAAGAAAAUAAUUAUUGACCCCGAAUCUAUUUUUACUGUCAAGAUCACGCUGACGGCAAAUUUAAUAAGAAACAAUAGUACAUCAUUCGAGUUGGAAUUUGAGAAGUCUGACAAGAGACCGAUAGUGUUGCCAGUGACGUACAAUGCUAUGGUGCCGCAGAUUAUACCCGCACCUGAUUUACACCUGAGAGCGUGUUUCAGAGGCUUCCCUUAUGUUAAUGAUGUAAACAUACAAUCUAAUAAUUUCCUAGGGUACUUUGUUGUGGAAGAACCUGAGGAAUCAAUAUUUAAUGUUAUUAUUGAUGUAAAAGAAGGUUAUAUAGAACCAAACAGCACAACAUGUUUCAAGCUUACGACAACGGCUACUGCUCUCGGUUCCCAUGAAUUUCCUCUACGGUUACGUCUUUUCGGUGUACCAGACCCGAUACAAAUAUGUUUUGUAACUGGUUACGGAGUCAGUCCGAUAGUAACUUGCAGUCCGACGUUCCUGCACUGGGGCCAAGUGAAAUUGUUAAAGAAAUCACAAAAAACUUUAAUACUAUGCAACGAUUCGCCAGUUAAAGUGAAUUUUAGGACGUAUUGGUUUAACCGCGAGAAUAAAUGGCAAAUAGAACCCGAAGAAGGCGUUGUGGAGGAAGAAUCAGAGAUUAAUCUGACAGUGAGUUUGACUCUGGUGGAUGCAGAAACCUAUAACAAUAAAGUUGUCAUACAAUUGGAAGAUACGAAAGAUAUCUUUGUCCCAUUGACAGUGACGGGAGUGGGUACGAGCAUAGUGAUAGGAGACUUGGGAGACAAGAUUGAACUCGGACACCAUUUCACUCGCAUCCCGUUGAAUUGUAAAAUAAUGAUGGAAAAUAAGGGCACGCGCCUUCACGCCUUGGAGUGGAGCGAACAUUACAAGACGCCGAAAAACAAGCAACAUGCACUAGCAUUUUUUAACUUAGAACCCAGGUCUUUUAAGAUGAAUGCCGGUGAACAGUUGGAAUUGACAAUAACUGGUCUUUCGCAUAAAGUGACCGUAGUGAAGGAAAUAUGGUACUUAGUGGGCAGCAUCGAAGGUAUUAACAAGAAGGAACUAUUGCUGGAAUGCAAAAUUACCGCAGAGUUUGUUGAUCCUAAAAUAGAAAUAUCUACGCCUUCAAUGGAGUUCCAAUAUGAUAAUGGUCCUUACAAUGAGUAUUAUAGAUUAACAGACAUUCUCAUAAUAAAAAAUGUAUCAACAUUGCCGUUGGAUUUAGAGAUUACUAUAAAACCACCAUUUGCUUUAAUACAAAAGCAGAGUUCAUACAAAAUUAUACCUGGCGAGGAGGAUUUUUGUCACUGCAUAACUUAUACGGAGUCCGAUUUGAAAUUGUGUAAUAUAACAGCUGAUAAUAAUCGGGAAGAAUCAACUAAAUUGAUAGAUUUCUUAACACUGCAACCAGUUUAUCCAUUACGUGAGGGGAGCUUGCAGUUUUUUGAAGACAUUCACAAGAUAAAACGUAUUUUCAACUUGACUCAUAUUAUUGAGGAACACUUGGAGGACCAAGAAAUGAUGAAAGUACAAGCUUUAUUCGACACAACGAAACACACGUCUUUGAAGGCUCGCAUCUAUAGUGAUGCUAUCAAAAUAAAAUUUAAGGGUCAUAAGAACAAGGAUUCCGUAAAAGUUAUCGGAAAAAUAAAUUUCCCUAACAUACUUGUGUUAACACCGAGGAUUGAUUUUCAAUGUCUACUAAAUGAUGAUAUUGAAGGAAAGUCUAUAAAAAUACAAAACGUCACCCCACUCAUUGCUUGUUACCAGCUGAGUUGGAGAAAGAUCUUAAUAUCACCGAUUGCAUCCACUAUGUCUGGACCUAAUUUACAAGAAAUUGACGGUAUACCGAUAAAACCUGAACAUAGUCCCGCAUUGUCCAGUACAGUCGCACCUUAUCGAGGCGAUCUAUUGUCUUAUAAAAUGAUUAAUACCAACAGUUCAACUGCCACAACAAUAGAAAUAGAACCAGAGUCAAAACUCAAUAUGAAAUUAAAAAAUACAGUUCUGAAAGUGGCUUUGCCAAUGAUAGAUGAUCAAUUUGAACCGAAGUUUAAAUGGUUACACAAAUUCCCUGAGACAACAGAGGUUGAAGGUGAUCUCUUUAACAGUUUGUUGAUAUUAAUACCUCAUAGAGGUAAAUUGAAGCCAAAUGAAGUACAGUAUAUAAAUGUGAUGUUUCGACCGAGAAUCAACAUGAACGUCAGAGGUAUAAUAGAAUGCCAAGUCCUCGGAGGACCGACAGAAUACAUAACCGUGACUGGACAAUCGUCGUAUCUGAUGUACACUCUCAGUACUACAAAAAUAAAUAUGAAAAUAAGAUCAUUCCAUGAGAACGCAUUUGAAUAUUUGCGUAUUAUAAAUAAAGCUCUUUUACCUUUUGAAUUUAGAACUUAUUUGAAUGAGCCGAAAUUCGAAAAUGAUUUAUACGGAACGAUUUUGGAUAUUAUUCCCGCUGAUAAGUUAUUACAGUCUGAAGAAACGACCGAUAUAAAAGUUUACACGAGACCUGGAGUACUGGGAUAUUUUAAGAGACAGUUUUUAUUGGAAAUCGGACAUUUGCCUGUGAUUCCAAUAAAAGUAUACGGUUGGGGAGUGAUACCUCAAGUUUAUUUGUCAAUACCGAGACCCUAUUUAAGUGAAGCUGAUCCCGAGCUGGGUUACUUCGCAAUCGCCACGUUGACAGACAGAUAUCUUGAAUCUUUGAAUGCAAUGUUUAAGAAACAUGUAUCAGAACAUUUAAACUCACCGUUAGUUGAAAGAUGUUUUGAAGAUCCAAUAUUUACAACAGACUGGCAUUUGUGCUCUGUAUUGGACGCGUAUCCAUCUGUAAUGGAUAUAGAAAUGGGAAUAGAAAGGAUAUUAGUAAUGAAUUAUCUAAAGUUGCAUCCAGAAAUAGUCGCCACGCAUUCCACUUCUAGUAAAACAAGGCCGAUCGCGGGAUUUAAUACUGUUCCCUAUAUAAUAGAUUACGGUGUAGUUAUUACUGGAUGUACGGUUGACUACACUAUUGAAGUGUUUAACUACGGGCCGUUGGUCACCAAACUGCAUCUGAGCAAGAACACAGUUGUUCCUGAUUGGUUAAUUUUAAAACUAUGUGGAAAAUUGAGUCCGGGCGAAGUCGGCCAUAUUGAUAUAACAUUUAACUCUGACAGUGAGAAUUUUCCCGAACCGGAACAGAAUGUUGAAGUUUCAAUUAAUUUAGAGGUACCGUAUGGCGUCACGAUUCCAGUUAAAUUUAAGGCUCUAUGCGCAGUUCCUUAUUUGGUAUCCAGUAUUCAAUCAGUUGAUUUUGGUUCUGUUAAAUGUGGCAAUAAAGUUAUUUAUUCAAUACCUUUGAAAAAUGUAGGAAAGCCUGUAUGUAUAUGGUACGCAACAUUGAAGCUCAAAAGCCCCGGCAUCAAUCCCAUAACGAUACUGGACAGUUCGGGAAAAUAUGAACCCGGAGAGAGCGAUUGGUUUAGCAUUGCUUUCAAGCCGACAGUGGAGAUGACAUACGAAGGUUUAAUAAUAUUUAGAUUCCAUAUGAAUCCAAAACGUAUGACUAUACCUUUCAUAGGCAAUGGGGUGAUGCCGCAAGUGCAUAUCAUUGGACCGAACAUAAGUUUCCCACCGACUUUACCGUGGGCUGAAACUACAGAACAUUUUUUUGGACUCACCAAUCCUUGUCCGUUCCCUAUAGAACUUAUUAUAGCUCAUAGCGAUACAAAAUGGCGAGAAGAAGAGGAAGUUUAUCAGAUGUUAGAAAGAUAUUACAACAAACCGGAAGAGAUGCUAGUUCCCGCAAUGAAACCCGGCACUGAAUUGCCUUAUGAAAUAAUUAACUUCUAUAAGAAAGUCAAAGAACAUGUGAAAAAAUAUCUAGACGAGGAAGCUGCGGGUACCAAAUCGGCCGCAGUCAGAGCAGCAUCGACUAAAAAAAUAAAAAGUCCUAAAAAAACACCUCGAUCACUCGAACCAUCGCCAAAACGACAAAGAACCGAAGCUGAAAUAAUGGCAGACGAGCUACGUUUAAUGAAAGAAAAUAAAAUUGAUCCACUACAGGAGUGUUUACACGAGAAUACAUACAAAGAUACACAAAGUGAAAGACAGACUAAAGGUCUAAUUGUUUUCUUUCACGGUUCUCCAGCCGAAGAGGGGCAAUGUCAAGAAAUUGCAUAUUCAGUGGGAAAACAUCUAAAAUUGCCUACGAUAAGUGUUGACAUGUGCUUUGUUGAGGCUCUUUGCAUCAGCAAUUCGGCAGCCAAAGAGAUUUUGGUUAAAGUUAUAGACGAAAUGUAUGAUAUUUCUAGAAUAGGAAUGAGGAAAGAAGAUGGAGGGGAAACAGAAGCGGAUUUGGAAGAAUUGUUCGACGAUGGUGAUGAAUUUGAAACAUUAUUAAAAAAGCUGGACGUUAUAACAAAUAGCAAAUCAAUCGCAACUCCAAAAUCAAAAGCCAGUGACAAAAAGAAGAAGAGAUCAGCCUCGUCUUUUGUAUCGCAAACUUUACUGGACGCCAUGGGAUCUACGACGAUGUUUAAUUUGGAAUUAAUUCAAGACCUAAUGACAGACUACUUUGAUCAACCCAAAUACAAUCGAGGUUUUGUUAUUGAUUCACUAACUAGUUUCAUAUUCAAAAGUCCUCCUGUUGUACUCACGACAGUUCUUAAAUGCAAAUCUUCGAUAGCGGAUAUACACUUGGUCUUGUGUCACUCUAGCUUCACUAAAUGGGCUCAAUUAUUCGAAGAUUCGCAAAAAGAGGAAGAUUUAUUGGAAGAAAAUAUCCCAAAGGUAUAUACUGAAGAUGAAAUAAAAGCAAUAGUGGAGGAAUUUGAAGAUAUGAGUUGCGAAGAAUACGAGAACUCGAAUCCUGAGUUAAAAUCUGUAUUCAUUUCCUAUGGCUUGGCAGAAAGACGUAAGAAGUAUCUGUCAAGGAAAGGAACCUCAGAUGACAUUACGAAGAGAGACAGGGAUGGAAAAGAUCGUAGUGCCAGAUCUCUUGUACCAACUGUUAGCGGCGAUGAGUCAAAAAAGAAAGCGAAAAAGGAAGAUGUAAAAGCAAAGCCAAAUAGCGAAUAUAUGGCAAUGAAUGUUAAAUAUAAUGAAUAUCAUAAAAAUGUCUACGACAGUUUGAUCAAUAUUGCAAAUAACUGGAUAGUGGAUCAGUGUGACAUGGGAUAUCCGCUCAUUGGACUUAACGGACAGAUCGUACAUUCAAGUCAAAAGAAAAUAAAAAAGAAAUCCGAAGUAUUGAUUCAGACAUCAGAAGAAUCAUUUACUGGACGAGGAUUUCCACUGACAAUUCUCAUGUGCCCUUGUUCAGAGUCUAAGCUUGCUCUGAUAAAUAUGUUCCUUAACUCCGAAACUGUGAUAGAGGCCUUAAGGAAAGAAGAGAAGAUCGAUACUCUUAAAUACCCUAUCAAGAAAAAGGAAUAUUCGGUUUUACUUCCAAAAUCUUUUCCGACAAUCCAUGACGAGGAAUCGCUAGCGUGGCGCUAUUUAGAUGAAUUAGCUAUAAAAAAAUGUGAAUGCAAUCUGAUCAAUGAUCUCAGCAUAAUAGAUGAUUUAUGUCAAGAUAAUGUUUUAAAUAUACUAUCUAAAUGGCACUGCACUUGUGGUAAAAAGGUAACUUCGUCGCAAACUUCUACAACUGAGAUACCGUUUACAUCGUCGACACGAAUUUCUACCGAAAAAAGCGAAAUAGACAUAUUUUAUCCAUUACCUUUGGGUAAAGUUAAAUCUACAACCGAACGGGACCAGCGGAUUGUGUUACAACCAGGCGAUUUAGUAAGGUGUAAAUAUACAUUUAGCCCAAAGAUUGAAGGGAAUUUUAAUUUAAAACGAUACGUGGAAGUCAAAGGAUGGCCUGCAUCGCAAGUAGUGAUAACUGUUGGUGGCAUUUGUGAUGUACCAAGAUUGGACAGUCGUCCGAAAAAAAUGUUCAAAGAUUUUGUAAGAAGAACAGUAGAAGAAAAGAUAUAUAAAGUGACAUAUUUAGACGAUGCUAAAGUAUUUCAAUUUGGUCCAAUAUUCACAGGCGCACAUCGAAUAUAUGAAGAAACGUAUACAAUUGAUUUGAAAAAUUCUUCCUUGAUCACCGCUUUCGUUGAGGUGGAAUUUCUAGGGGAAACUGAUGUUUUCCUCUUUGAUCAGCGCCGCUUAACGUUGGAGCCGGAGAGUCGAGGGAAAUUAACAAUAUCAGCUGCGCCGGCGGAGGUGGGUGAGCAUAAGAACGUUCUCAUGUUUUGUGUCAAAAACAAUCCGGAGAUCGUGACGGUGAAUAUAGCUUGCAGCGGAGUUGUACCGAUAGUUGAAGUUUUACCAAGCACCAAAACUAUUGAUUAUGGUAAACAUUUACUUUACCGUCGCAAAGAUGAUAGAUUUAUCGUCAAAAACGAUUCCAUUUUACCAAUAAAAUGGAAAAUAAGAAACGCUGAUGAUUUCUUGGAAGAUUUUAUAAUAUCACAAACGUCCGGUAUUAUACCUAGAUAUGACAAUCAAGUUGUUCCUGUAACAUACAUCGCUUGUCGAGUGGGAGUCAUAUCACACAAAAUGUUGACAGUAGAUAUAUAUGAUGCAGAAGGACGUGGCGAGCCAAUGAUAGUUGAUUCCUUAUAUCUCUCGGCUGAAUGCUAUGACGUGAUGGUAGACUGCGCUUACGAAAAUCCAGCAGAAAGCUUCCUCAAUUUUGGAAAUGUUAAAGUCAAUUCGACAGUUGCGCGUGAAAUGUAUUUAUUUAAUCGCGGAAAAUACAAUAUCUUCUACAAGUUGAAGAAAGUUAAGAAUUUCCCAGAACCAGCUUUAUUGAAAUCUUUCGAAGUUAGUCCAGAAAGUGGAAUGUUGCCCGCUACGACUAAACUGGUCGCUGUAGAGUUUGAAUGCACGCCCACCACUUCAUUGAAUUUGGUUAACGUUCCUGCCUACACUUGUACAUUGUUAGAUGGUAGCAAAACUCAAAUGAUUGUCGCUAAAUUCCCAAUCUGUGUGACAAUUGCAUCGUUUUAUAACACUUUUACCCUUUUUCCUUUGGGUGAAUUGAAUUUCCAUGUUCUACCAGUUGGGGAGGGUGUAAAAAGAGACGUCAUCUUAAACAACACAAGUAAAUGCCCAUUUAUAUAUGAAAUAAUUUUACCGCCUGAAUAUCAAGUGGACCCUGAUGCUGCGCCACCACCAAAAUUAAAAGAUAACAAAAUAAAAAAUCCACCACUGAGAUGCGGAAACUUUGUAAUAAUGAACGAAGACAAUCUUCUAGCUCCUUCCACGAGCAGAGUUAUUCAAAUACAAUUUUUAGCAACAGCUCCAAAGAAAUUUGAAGAAACUAUACAUUUUGUCGUGAGCGAUACUUGUCCCGCUGAAGCUAAUGGAGUUCCGUUAAGACUAGUGGGAACUGGAGCUCUACCAAUACUUGACUUUUGGAAUUUGGAAACAACAUUUAGAGAACACAUGAUUGUUAAAAAUCUAUCAGAAUAUCCAACACCAGAGUCUUCACCUCAUUGUGUUUUCGUUGAAGACAUCGUGACAUUAUAUUUCUACGGCGUUGUCGUGAACACAAGUCACACGGGAGCACUGGAUUUGUACAACAGUGGAUUAGUACCCUGCGCUUUGACAAUGAAGUUACACUACCAAAAGAAUACUAACCAAGAAAUAUUAUACUUAGAUAAAUAUGAAACUCAUAUAGAACCGUUGAUGCACAAAAAAUUGAAUAUUAUAUUCAAUCCGAAAGCUUUAGAGGAUUACAGAGCAGUGUUAGAAGUUAAUUUAAAGAAAUUAGAGGGCCAAACUCAAAGUUUUCGAAUAUGUGUCAUUGGAGAAGGGGUAAUACCUAGGAUUCAUUUAGUGACGCCUCAAGUGAAAAGUAACAGAUUUACGAUACUACAAUUUCCGGUUACAUGCUUGGGUUCUGUCAGCAGUCGGCAUGUAUCGUUUAAGAAUAUAAGUCCUGUGAAUGCCAAAGUUGUGGCAGACAUUUUAUCAUCAAUGGAUGAAGGGCGGCCAUUGUUUUGGCUCACAGCUGCCCCAGAUACUGAUUUCGUAGUCCUCGACGGGAACAAUGAUAAUGUGAAUGUAACCUUGAAAAUAUCAAUUAAACCAAAUGAAAUUGUAACACUUUACGUACAUUUCAGUCCGUUACAAAAAGGGAAAACGCACUGUGAUAUUGUACUUUCUGUUGUUAAUAAUCCAUUUGAAAAGUAUACGAUAUUAUCUGAAGCCGAAGCAUUUAUGGAAGACGUAAUAUUAAUGGGACUUGAAAUGAUAUCGAUGGACAUCGACCUGGAUACGUAUAAAUAUUCAGAAAGAUCAACAAUAUCAACAACAGAUACGAGAAGACGAAGCAAAUCUUCAUCGGACAAAAAGAAAUUGAAGUUUACAGAUUCGAAGAAAAGUAAAAAGGUUUCUCAAGCAUCUAUAAAACAUAGUGAAAGCGACUCUUUCGCUGAAACUCCAGUUCUUAAAUAUCUUUUGGAUUUAGGGGGCUGCCAAUUAUGUUUUACACAAAAGAGAUCAAUAAUAAUGAUGAACAAUUCCGAAAAAGUGUAUAAAUUUGUUUGGGUCGAUUGCGACUAUGUUAUUGUAAGACCUUCUACGGGAUACAUAUCUCCAGGCGAAGAGAAGGACUUAGAAGUUAUAUUCUAUUCUUCACAGCCGAUUGAUCUUGAAAAGGAGAUUGUAACUUGUUCGUUAACAGUAGUUAGUGAUGAUUCUUUGACGGCCGAUUUGAGAGAAAUAACGUGGGAUAAUAGACAAACAAUGACCUUAUUUAAUCGUAACAGAGAUGCACACAUAAAUGAAAGAUGUGAUACGAUAAUAGAAGAUCAAACGUCAUCAAUAGCGAACGAAUUAACUGGAAAUAUUACUAUAGUCAUUAUUUAUUCAGUCAAAACUGAAUACACGAAAUAUAAAUGUGAUUUAGAAGAAGAGAAAACUUUACAAGACACAUUUAUUUACCAGAAAAGAAGUUUUGAUUUCAAAGUGGAAAAUAUAGGAAGAGUAGCUAUGAAAAUUUUAUGGAAUUUCAUUGUAGAUGACGAAUUUCCUGUUAGAAUUAAGAAGAAUGCUUUGAAGGAUGCCCCGACAGGAUCGUCUGAGAGUUUACACAAAACCAAUGAAACCGAGACAGGUGUUGUAGAAAGGGUUAUUGAACAUAUUAAUAAUGAUCCUAGCAAGAUGACAUUAUUCAGUGGCAGUUUAAGCCGAGACAGUGUGGAUACUUGGUUUGAAGUUGAUUUACCAUUCCACAUUGAACCCGAGAAAGCAUGUUUAAAUCCUAAUGAAAGUCAAAUCUUCAAAGUAACUUUCUCACCGCAAGAUGCAUUCUUGUUUAAAGUUAGAUUACAAAGCACUAUAGAUAAUUUAGAUCCUUACGAUCAAAAUAUAACUUGCAAAAUGACAGCUAGAUCAUUCAUACCAUACGUACAUCUUGAUAUAGAAGAAAGUGAUUACUUAACAUCAGGACAGAGGAAGGCGACAGGAACAUUACCUCCGCAUACAAUGGUGUUAGAAUUUAAAGUCCUUGGACCAGGAUGCUAUAAGAAAUCGUUCAGUGUAAUUAAUCCUACGAGUCAAUCGUAUGAGUUCAUAUUCGAAGUAGUGAUGUCAGAAGCACAAGAAUUUGUUCCCGUCCAUUGUAAUAAAUUAAAAGGUUAUGUGGAAGGCGGUACAUCAACUGAUGUUGUAUUUUCAUUUUCACCGACAGAUCCUGGGAUUUACGAAUCCCAAUGGAAAUUUUUAAUUCCUAUCCAUUCGCUGGUAAUAAAUUUACUAGUUGUAGGUUUUGUAAGGGAAUCGAACGUUGCCUUCGUGCCGACGAUUUUAUUAAUAAGAAACUCUCUGGUUGGAUUUACAAGUGAAAACGUGGUGAAAUUAAAGAAUAACGAGGAUGAAUGUCUAACAUUUGAAUUUAAAGGGAACUCGCUAUGCGAUGAAUCCGGAGAAACGCCAGUGGUGAUAAUGCCUGAACGUGGAAUAUUAAAACCACACUCUGAAACCCCGAUCAAUAUAAUUUAUACUCCAAUACACGAUGGUCCGUUAUCAUUUAAGAUAUUCUGCAGUGUUAAACAUAUGACAAAAGUGUUAACGUUAUGUGUUAAUGCUCUGAGCUACUCUAUCAAGCCGAUAGUUACGUAUUAUCUUAUUGGUAAUGAACACACACUUAAAAGUGAAGCUGUUACGAAUAUUCAUUUAGAUAAGACUGCAUCAACCUACGAAAGGACAGUUCCGUUCAAAAUAAAGAACGAUGGUUCCGCGACGUUUUUCUUCGAGUGGCAUUACUCCAGUACACCAGUCAAGAAGUAUUUGAAAGUGGACAUAGAACCAAAUAUCGGUCACGUCACGCCUGGGAACGAGAUCGACUGCAUUCUGCAUUUCAAUCUUAAGCAAGUUCCUGUGCAUGCUUUCCCUGUCACAUUGUCUAUAGUAGAUGGUCCUGAAUAUGAAAUUUAUCUUCACGCGGAAAUUGAAAAGCCUAAAUAUCAUUUCUCAUGCAUGGAAUUCGACUUUGGAAAAUGUAUAGUAAAUGCUCCGGAGACUACGUAUAGAAAAAACAUUGCUUUUGAGAAUUCUGACGAAGUGCCUUUAAUUGUUGACCUUAACUUUUCCAAUUUACCGGAACUGUACGUGCAGUACAAUAAAGAGUACGCAGUGGAGCCGAAAGGACGUAUGAAAAUAUCAAUUUACUUCCGCCCUAGAGAAGUCAAAGUGUAUGAAUUUAAAUUGCAAUUCUGGGUGAAUACGUUAUGUGAAGAAAUUGUUACAGUUAGAGGAGAAGGCGUACCACUGCUGUUUGAUUUAUACGAUGGCUGUCAGAAAAGCUUUGACUUGGGUCCUGUUAAAGUUGGUGAAAAGAUAGUGCGUCAAAUAGAAGUAAUGAAUCACAGCAAAGUGCCGAUAGACGCGAGCUUCUCUUUCAAAGACACAUACGCUUUAGUCGACGAUACGAACAAGUCUGAGGCGACAAGCAUUUGUUUAGGAUUCAGAGCUAGCGUUCAAGGAAGUGAUCCUGGACAUGACAGGGAUGAAAUGCUAAAAGCUUACAAGGAGGAUAAAAUUCAAGAACAAAUUGCUUUAGAUGUACAGAAUGCACUUUCAUCGUUAAAAGUUAUACCUAAUAAAUGCACCAUACAACCAUAUCACAAGGUUCCGUUGAAGAUUCAAUUUAAACCUGUUGGCAUUAUGACCAAAUUGAACGUUCAGUUGAUGAUGAAAGUGUUUCAUUUCGAGCGCCCUCUGGUACAACUGAGCGGCAGUGCAACGGGCAUGAGUCUUUGUCUAAGUCAAAACUCCCUUCAAUUCGGUCGCGUACGCAAAAGAGGCUGUAAGAUUUUAAAGGUUAUGUUACAAAAUAAAGGAGAUUUUAGUGCUAGGUUCUGGUGGCAGCCUCUAAAGACGGCUGAGUUCGCGAUAUCUCCCAUCGAAGGUAACAUAGCGGCGCGUACCGAUGUCACUUUUACUGUCACCUUCAGGCCGGCAAACCAUAAUCCCUUUAUUAAAGUUUGGGCCAGUUGCAACAUUGAGAACUACAAGCCUUUAGAAUUGGCUCUAUACGCGACGUGCAUUGACGCCGGCGCCGUUCAGAACAAGACAAUCAUUAUAGAAUGUCCCGUCAGGGAAAUAGAGACUGAACAUCUUGUGGUCACUAACCCUACCGACGAAAUGUGGCUGGUGUUGUCGGAAGUGACAGGGGAUGCGUUUACCACGCUCAAAGAGUUCAACAUUGAAGCUAACACGACGUUCGAUAUACCUAUUUAUUUUAAGCCCAAAUAUUUCGGUAAACACGAGGGACAAGUGCUAUACUCGCCUCUUGGAGAGAGCGCUCUCUUCAUCAAUCUUAUUGGUAUCGCUACACAUCCGAACCCUAACGGGGAUUUAUCACUUACUGUCAAAGAAAAGGAUGUGCAUACUGAAGAAUUGUUAGUUUAUAAUAUUACAGAGUUUCCCGAAUCGUACAUUGUAACAUCAGAAAUUGUAAAGAUCUUUCCUGACAAGUACGAGGGCUACUAUGAGAUAAAACAUCCGGACACCAUCAAGGUGUGGGGCGAGGCCACGGCGACUUGCCGCUGGUCCUUUGUCUGCUAUGAACAAUGCGAAAUGGAGGCAAAGGUUACAUUUACAAAUGAAGAAACACGCGAAUAUCAGUUCUACAACAUUGCAAUAACAGUCAUACCUAGUGGUAUCAAAGGUACCAUGAUAUUUAAAUCACGUGCGCGGGAGUCCGUGCAAAAAGAGUUGUCCAUCUUCAACCCUCUCAGCACAGAGGCGGAAUUUAACAUUCACUGCGAAAAUUUAGACAGCUCUGAAGUGAUUAAGAUUAACAGGAAUUCCAAAGCGCCAAUAACUUUGACGUAUGCUCCUCUUGUGGUUGGUGAAACAGAAGAAUACCUACAAAUUUUCAACCCACUUGUAGGCGUUUACAUGUACAAAGUGAUUCUUAUUUGUUUGCCAGCUAAAGAAAAAAAUCUAGAAUUUGCUACGUCGAUUGGAUCCUCCGUCCCUUUCAGAUUACGGGUGCAGAAUAAGACAGAACAAAAAGCGGAUUUCAAUAUUACGGUUUCCCAUCCUUCGAUUAUAAUUGAGGAAAAAUACGCACUUGGUCCUUUGGAGAAAGGUAAAGUACAGGCUUGGUUCGAGCCGACUGAAAUUGGCUGCCAAGAUUGCAGGGUUUCUUUGAACUCGCCUACUGCUGGUGAAUUUGUGUACAACAUAAAAGGUAAAGGCGAGAAGCCAAAACCUCAAGGGCCGUACUUGGUGAAAAGAGGAGAGUCCACGAUAAUAACGUUCAAAAACGUCUUUAUGGACACGAGAACUUUUAAAUUCGGUAUCGAUCAAGAAGAAUUUUAUUUAAAAUCAGUAAACGAAACUUUGAAACCGAAAAAGGAGUUAUAUUUGCCAGUUUACCUCAUGGAAUCGCCAGACGAAGUUCCUACGGGUUGCCUCACCAUAGAGACUCACGAGCCGAGUGAACCAAAAGUUCACUGGACAUUCUUCCUACAAGGCGUACCUUAA